AUGGCUAUCCCUUACCCAAGUUUCGUUAACUCGUAUCCCUUUGAAUUCCUCAUAGGUCCUGCGAAGAGAUCAUUUUACGUUCAUUCUGGAUUAAUCAAGCAACAUUCCGAAACAUUAGCUGCUCUGGUUGAAGGUGGCAUGGCCGAAUCAAGAGAGAGAUGUGCCCACUUGGAGGACAUGGAGGAGGACACCUUCAUCCAUUUUCUCGAGUUUGCAUACACCGGCGACUACUCUGUAUCCAAUAUAGGUGUGACAUUUCCCUCGGCGGACACCAUUCUGUACGGACCUGUCUGCGGAUCGGGCCAAGUCGCAGCAGGUUCUGGAACAGCUGAUUCGGCAGAGGAAUGGGGACUGUUGGUGAAGAAAACGAGGAAAAGCUGGAAGAGCAAGAGCGCCAAAAUUAAGAGCGGUUGGUACGACGAAAACGGAAUUGAAUCGCCCUUACCUGAAGAUGAAGACAUCCCAGUGAAGGCAGAGCCGGACGUUGACAUGAGUUUUGAACCUCUGAGCAGGAACCCUUCGAGGCACACGGAUCUUUGGCGUUUAUUCAAAAGCAAAGCACGUGUGAGCGAGAUGCCUCCGUGGGAACCACGCGCUAACAUGGACCAUUGCGAGGACUACACCACUCUCUUCCUUUGUCACGCAAAGCUAUACGUCUUCUCGGAUCGGUACAUCAUCAAGGCUCUACAGGAGCUCGUCCUCCAGAAACUUCGACUGACUUUGUCAAGAUUUACUUUAUUCCGAGAGAGGACCGGGGAUAUUGUCAAAUUGCUCAAGUAUACUUAUGCAAACACUAUGGAUUACGACGAUGGGAUCGACAAGUUGAGAAGUCUAGUAUCCGACUACGUUGUUUGCCACGUUGAGACUAUCGUCAAAGACGAGGAGUUCUUGAACUUUCUGCAGGAGGAGGGUGCUAUGGCCAAAGAUCUUGUGCUCAAGUUGCUUCAACGACUGACCUAA